UAAUAAUAAUAAUAAUAAUACUUCUCCAAAACCCCCCUUCUUCAUCUAUCAAAUUCUUUCACAAAUUUGCAACGAUGCCGAAGAUUCCACUUUGUGACCUGCCCGUACUGCCCCAAAAUCAUCUUCCUCUUCAUCUUCAACUCCAGAAAACUCGCGUCUUCUGCAACAACGAUGCUCCAACCAAUACAGAGGAUAUAACGUACUCCGGUGCGUAUGCGGCGUUGGGGGUUGAUAAUAGUUUAAAGCUGGAUGAGUUUAGGAAGAAUUUUAAAGUUAAAGUGAUUAAGCUUAAUGAAGAGGAUAUGGAGUUUGAUUUGAUCGGAAUUGAUGCGUCCAUUGCAAAUGCUUUUAGAAGAAUUCUCAUAUCUGAGCUGCCCACAAUGGCUAUUGAGAAGGUUCUUGUUGCAAACAGUUCAUCAGUCGUACAAGACGAAGUACUUGCCCACCGCUUGGGUCUCAUUCCUAUAAAAGUCGAUCCAAGGCUGUUCGAUUAUAUGUCAGAAAAUGAUGUCCCUAAUGAGAAAAACAGCAUUGUUUUUAGCCUCAAUAUCAAGUGUGACCGAAAAACUGGUGAACGCCUCACAGUGUACUCGCACGAUCUUAAGUGGUUACCAUUCGGCAGUGAAUACGUGCUCCCCACUGAAAACUCUUCAGACCCGUCAUCAAAACCGAAAACGUACACGUCGUUUACUUCCAGCCAAGACUCCUUGCCAGAGUUUUCAAAUAAUCCUAUCACCGUCACCCCCGGUAUCAUUAUAUCGAAACUCGGACCUGGCCAGGAAAUUGAGCUAGAAGCACAUGCUGUUAAAGGUGUUGGUAAAACACAUGCCAAGUGGUCUCCUGUAGCCACUGCUUGGUACAGAAUGCUCCCUGAGGUUGUAUUGCUGCAAGAUAUUGAGGACGAGGAUGCUCAGAAACUUGUAAACAAAUGCCCCGUUAACGUGUUUGACAUUGAAGAUAUGGGUAAAGGUGUGAAGAGAGCUACUGUGGCUAGACCAAGAGCCUGUACCGUGUGCAGAGAAUGCAUUAGAGAGCCUGGAUGGAACGAAAAGGUGGCAUUAAGACGUGUGAAAGAUCAUUUUAUCUUUACUAUUGAAUCAACUGGAGCAUUGCCACCUGAGGUGUUAUUUACUGAAGCUGUCAAGAUUCUAGAAGACAAGUGUGAAAGUGUUAUAACCGAGCUCUCGUAGGCCGAUUCUUCCUCUUUUUCUUAUUAAGUUAUGCGAUUCGUGUAAGCUAAAUCGGGUUUUUUGGAACGUGAAUUUAAGCAAUUUUACGGGUAUCCCAUGGGAAAAUGUUACCACUUUUCGGUGUCGGUUUUGCAGAACUUGUUAUAAAGUUUAUUUUAAUGUAAGAUGUGAUGUUGGUAAAUAAGUAUUAAGAAAAAUCUGGAGUUGCUU